AGUACUAGUCACGAAUGUGUCAGGACUAGUGAUAGGAGAGCAAUAUGCAUCAUAAAUUACAAAGUUUUAGUUCUCCAUUUCAUUUGUGCAUAUUGGACAAACUGGAUAUUAGCAAAUACGUUUAGCUAAAAUGUGCAAGACAAAUAAGCUAACAAGCUAGCAGUGGUAACGGUAUUUUGGGUUUACUGAUGUUAAAUAGUCCGCCGCUGGCAGAGCUGGUUAGUCUGUAUGGCACGGCUACUAAGCUAACGAUGGGUAGUGGGUUAUUGCUUGAAUUUUAUCCAGAAUAUUUCUAGGAACACGCUCCAAGAUGAAUAAAUGAAGAGGCAUGGAAAGUAACGGGCGUGUAAUUUCGAGCUCGGGGUCUUUGGGUUAUUUACAACUGGAUACCCACAGUGAAGGAUUAGCUUGUAUUCACCGUGGACUGACGACGUUUGCUCCGGUCAGCCGCCUCAGAGCACACGGGUGUCGGUGAUGCUGUGUAUCGCUGGCCAAAUGCCCCGAUUUUCUGAAUUGGGACAGAGCAACGAAACUUCAUUAUAAAUCAUGAAAAACUGCGAGUAUCAGCAGAUCGACCCGCAGGCACUUCCGACACCCACCCCGACCCCUCCGCCUCACCAUGGAAGCGAGGGUGACAAGAAAGAGGAGCCGAGAAGACCGAGGAGAAAGUGGGAAGUUUUCCCCGGGAAGAAUCGCUUCUUCUGCGAGGGACGGAUCAUCGUGGCCCGGCAGAGCGGGGUCCUGCCCCUCACCUUGGGCCUCAUCCUCGUCACAAGUGGAUUGUUCUUUAUAUUUGACUGUCCCUUCCUGGUCAAACACCUGACCAGCUGCAUACCCGUUAUUGGAGGAGUCCUCUUUGUGUUUGUGGUCAUCACCCUGCUCCAGACCAGCUUCACUGACCCCGGUAUCCUGCCCAGAGCGACGCCAGACGAGGCUGCAGACAUUGAGAAACAGAUUGACAACACUGGAAACACGAGCUAUCGGCCUCCGCCGCGCACCAAGGAGGUCCUGAUCAACCAGCAGGUGGUCAAGCUCAAGUACUGCUUCACCUGCAAGAUGUUCCGGCCUCCACGCACCUCCCACUGCAGCCUGUGUGACAACUGUGUGGAGCGGUUCGACCAUCACUGCCCCUGGGUGGGGAACUGCGUAGGGAAACGCAACUACCGCUUCUUCUACACCUUCAUCGUGUCGCUCUCCUUCCUGACGGCCUUUAUCUUCGGCUGCGUGACCACACAUCUGGCGCUGAGGGCUCAAGGUGGAAAAGGCCUGGUGUUUGCUCUGCAAGAGAGUCCAGGCAGUGCAGUGGAGCUGGUGAUAUGUUUCUUCUCAGUCUGGUCCAUCUUGGGCCUCUCAGGCUUCCAUACAUACUUAGUCGCUUCCAACCUGACCACUAAUGAAGACAUUAAAGGCUCCUGGUCGGGGAAGAGCGGAGAAGAUGUCACAAACCCGUACAGUCACAGAAACAUCUUCAUCAACUGUUGCUCUGUGCUCUGUGGACCCAUGCCACCGAGCUUGAUAGACAGACGAGGUUUCCUGCCCGCGGACGAAUCUGCCCAGACAGGCAGCACAGACAUCGAGGUGCCAGCUCUGGCCACUAAAAGCGAGAUAAAUGUGUGCACACAGGGAACUAAAGGUCUGCUGGAGUCAGCCACUCUCCCUCCGCUCCUGUCCACCUCGUGCCCUCAGGGGAAACCUCAGACAGCUCAUACCUGCCCGGACAGCAGCCCUGCGGUGAACUCUGACCCCUCACCGGAGCUUUCCGUGAGCUGCGGGGCCCGCCACGCCGCCAGCUCCCCGGGCGACGCCUCUCCAUCACGUCACAGCAAGGCCCGCUCGAAGAAGAGUAAACGAGCGGCUUUACAUAUUCCCAACCCCGCCUUCGACAUCCCCGUUUCCCCUACCUCUCCGGACGCUGCCAGCUUCGCCCCUUUGCACUGACCGACCUUAAAUAACGACUUUCUCAAGUGAAAACACACAUUGUUUGAAGCUUGCAUGCUGUAAAACAGUGAGAUACAAGUAUGAUUUCAAUUUUUCCCCCCCCCCUCUUACUCUUUGUUGGCUCUCUGAAAGUCCCAGGUAUCGUCACUGAGUAAAGGGAUGACAAUCACAAAGAGAUGUUAUUUUGUGAGAUCAACCUACAGGAAAUAGGAGAAGGAUGAAGAUUACUCUGACGGUAAAGGGGUUGGGGCUUUGGUACAGAAUGGAAAGCACAUAAAAUGAUGAAAUGUUAAAGACGGAGGCACUAGCAUACUGAUAGAGCCAUAUGUCUUUCAAAUGAUUCUCAUGUGAAACAUGAAUUUUACCAGCAUGUCAGAUCCACUAGGUUUUGUGAAACAGUGGCUUUGAUGUAACAGGGAGCUUGAAAAGCUUUGUGCGGAGGGUUGACGCUCAGAAUCUGUAAGUAUCUGUAAAGAGAAAAGUUGCGGUUAAAGGGAAAGUCCAUCCCAAAUACAGAAUUCACAAAUGUCAUUUCCAUAGUACUGUGCGGCUCGGUUUAUAGCGUGAAUCUGAGCCAGUUUCUCCUUAAGUUGAAUAGCAGAGCGACAGUUUGUGCUGAUGAUGUCAUGUUGAGAUAUAUAGGCGGUGAAUAAUGGAACAAGUCAUGGGGAUUUAGAAAGCGGCCAUGUGGCAUUUCCGAGGAGCGGCGGCGUCUAUUUUCAUAUCGAACGCUCUGUGUUCAAAAUCAAACUCACUGUUUUAGUGAAAACACUUUCAAUACUCCUCGUCAU